GAAAGAAUAAGAAGCUUGCAUUUGUUCUAGGCGUAAGAGAAAGAUGUCCACUCCUCUCUUAGUAGCUAUGGCCCAGAGAAAGAUGUCCACUUCUCUCAUAGUAUCUAUGGCCUUGAUCUGGGCCAUGUUGUUUUGGGGAUCCAAUGGUCAGCUAACUGCCACGUUUUACGCUACCACGUGCCCGAAUGUGUCCGCCAUUGUACGUGGGGUCAUCUCUAACGAACUACAAUCAGAUGCUCGGAUCACAGCCAGCCUCCUUCGACUCCAUUUCCAUGAUUGCUUCGUUGAUGGCUGCGAUGCAUCGGUUCUGUUGGACAACAGCACUACAAUAGUGAGCGAGAAGGGUGCCAUCCCCAAUGCAGGGUCGCUUAGGAGAUUUGAUGCGGUGGACAGUAUCAAGACGGCUGUGGAGAGCGCUUGCCCUGGUGUGGUCUCAUGCGCGGAUAUACUCGCCAUUGCAGCUGAAGCAUCUGUUAAUCUUUCAGGAGGUCCCUCAUGGAACGUUCUAUUAGGAAGAAGAGAUAGUACGACGGCGAACUUCAACUUAGCAAACACCGCCCUUCCGGCACCCUUCGAAAACCUGACCAUCCUCAUAGCUAAGUUCGCUGCACAAGGACUUGACACCACAGAUCUAGUGGCCCUAUCAGGUGGCCACACCUUCGGCCGCGCUCAAUGCUCAUCGUUCAUCGGUCGCCUCUACAAUUUCAACAACAGUGGUAGCCCAGAUCCCACCUUAAACACCACUUACUUGGCUACUCUCCGGCAAAGAUGUCCACAGAACGGUGACCAGACUGUAUUGGCCAAUUUCGAUCCAAGGACGCCGGACGGCUUCGACAAUGCCUACUUCUCUAACCUUCAGACCCUCGAAGGGCUUCUCCAAUCAGAUCAAGAGCUGUUUUCGACGAGCGGCGCCGCCACUGUCGCCAUUGUCAACAGCUUCAGCAGCAAUCAGAACACUUUCUUUCAGAAUUUUGCUACAUCCAUGAUUAAGAUGGGGAACAUAAGCCCUUUAACAGGAACCAAUGGUCAGAUCAGGACAGAUUGUAAGAGGGUUAAUGGACGUUAGGACUAUACGCAUGUGUGGAGAAUCUGAGCCCUCCAUCUUGAAGCCAGCAUGACAUUUAGGCCAAGGCAUCAAAGUGGGACCUAUCUUAUGUACGUCUUGGAUAUGCCGUACAUCUGCAGAGUUGGCGUGUGGAAUGCGUGAGGAGAGAUUAUCAAUGAACGGUUAGAUUUCGAUGUUGGAUGUCUAGUAGGAUGGACAUGAAUUAAGUGUGGUAGCAGUGUAUUGGAUGGUAAGAAUAAAUGAAGAAUAAAAGUGUUAUGUCGGCAA